GCGGAGAGGGGAAACUGGAGCAGGAAGAGCAGCGGUAAGGCGGCGGCGGCGGCGGCAGAGUUGGUGGUGGCAGAAUCAAAGGUGGCCGGCACCUCCAGCGGGUGGCAGUGGGCCGCAAGAACAGGAUGCAGGUCCGGGUCGGGCUGACGCUGCUGCUGUGUGCGGUGCUGCUGGGCUCGGCGUCCUCUGAUGAAGAAGGCAACCAGGAUGAGUCCUUAGAUUCCAAGACUUCUUUGCCAGAUGAAUCAGUAAAGGACCACACCAUAGCAGGCAGAGUAGUUGCUGGUCAGAUAUUUGUUGAUUCAGAAGAAUCAGAAUUGGAAUCUCCCAUUCAGGAAGAGGAAGACGGCCUCAAGAGCCCGGAUGGGGAAGGUGCCCCAGAGGAAAUCAGCUUUUUGGAAUCUCCAAAUCCAGAAAAGGCCUAUGAAGAACCAAGGAAAGUACGGAAACCAGCCAUGACCGCCAUUGAGGGCACGGCACAUGGGGAACCCUGCCACUUCCCUUUUCUUUUCCUGGACAAGGAAUAUGAUGAAUGUACAUCCGAUGGGCGGGAAGACGGCAGGCUGUGGUGUGCUACGACCUACGACUACAAAACUGAUGAGAAGUGGGGCUUUUGUGAAACUGAAGAAGCAGCUGCUAAGAGACGGCAAAUGCAGGAAGCAGAAAUGCUGUAUCAGACUGGAAUGAAAAUCCUCAAUGGAAGCAACAAGAAAAGCCAAAAGAGAGAAGCAUAUCGGUAUCUUCAAAAGGCAGCAAGCAUGAAUCACACCAAGGCUCUGGAGAGAGUGUCCUAUGCCCUUCUGUUUGGGGAUUACCUGCCGCAGAACAUCCAGGCCGCUAAAGAGAUGUUUGAGAAGCUGACCGAGGAAGGCUCUCCCAAAGGGCAGGCGGCUCUUGGCUUUCUCUAUGCCUCUGGACUUGGUGUUAAUUCAAGUCAGGCAAAGGCUCUUGUGUAUUACACUUUUGGAGCUCUCGGAGGUAAUCUAAUAGCCCACAUGGUUUUGGGGUACCGGUAUUGGGCUGGCAUCGGAGUCCUCCAGAGCUGUGAAUCUGCACUGACCCAUUAUCGUCUUGUUGCCAAUCAUGUGGCUAGUGAUAUCUCACUAACAGGCGGCUCCGUGGUGCAGAGAAUACGACUGCCUGAUGAAGUAGAAAACCCAGGAAUGAACAGUGGGAUGCUAGAAGAAGAUUUGAUUCAGUAUUACCAGUUCCUAGCUGAAAAGGGUGAUGUACAAGCGCAAGUAUGUGUUUAAAUGUCUAGAAGAGUU